AGUUCUCCUCGCCCUUCAUCGUCUCCUCCUUUUUCUCCUCUUCCUCGUUUUCCUGCUCAAUCAGGCAGGCAGCAAAAGGCAGAGUGAGAGUGAGAGAGUGAGGAAGAGAAUAGAAGAGAGGAGAAGGGAAGAAGAGGAGAGGAUAGGAGAGAGAAGAGUUCACUCUAGUGAGGGAUGGAGAUGGCUAUGGUGUGCCCUCUUCCACUUCAUGUGCUGUUAGUGGUGUUGCUUUCGUUGUCGGGGCUUUUUUUCCAGGUUUGGGGCCAUGGAGACACAGGCAGCACUGGUCCGCCUUGUUUGCGCAAUGUGGGUGUGAAGUUGCAAGCAUCGUAUGUGCCCGGGAGUAUCACCGUGGACGGAUUGUCCGGAGACUGGAGCUCCGUGAAGGGGAAUUCGUUUGCUUUGAAUCCCGCCUUGACUGAUGAUCCCAAGACUGCUUACCCUGACGGAUCCAUGCAGAUUAAGGUGGCUCAUGAUGGGCAUGAUAUUUUUUUCCUCCUUCAAGUUCCCGGAGCUUAUAAGUUCAACGUCAAUGAGGAGAACAUGGCAGCAAUUGCUCUGAUGUUCCCGGUAGGAGACGAUGCUACCUACCAUAAUAUGGGUGGGUGCCCGGAGGCCCCAACGGCUUGUAAUGUCACAAAUUGCUUUGGACACGAGGUGGAUCUCGUGCACUUCGAAAUAAACAAGGCCAUUCCUGGUCGCCUAUAUGGUGAAAACAUUGCUGACAGCGUGAAUGGCACCGGAAGAGAUAGCUUUGGCAAGUUGGACGACGGCUACGCUUGGAAUCCGCAUUGUCGAUCUCUUGACGGGAUGACACCUACUGGAAUAGUAACUGGUGGUGGUCAAAACAACUGGCGUGGAUCUUGGACCCAUGACACCACAGAUACCAAAUAUGGUCUCGUCGCCGCCGACAGUCCAUACGGAACUCUCAACGGUGCCGGGACGUACACAUUUGAAUUUGCAAGACCACUGCGUACGAAUGAUGUUCUUCAGCAGGACGCUCAGUUUACCAUUGGUUCAACACAUGGCAUGGCAGCUGCCUUUUGGUUCCCUGUUGCCGAUAAUGCUUGGCAACCCUAUCAGCACUAUUCAGCAAGUUGUGAUUGGUUGCAACUCGAAAUUGUUUCCGGAGCAUCGAGCUUGGCAAGCUCUACCAAAUCUGAGAGUGCACUCAGCGCAGUCUCGUUGGUGAUUGCUCUAGCAUCUUUGGCCGUAGCUGUGACUGUGGGUUGGUGGGUUCGACAAAAUAGCAGAACUUCUUUUAAUCCAAUCAGUUCGAGUAGCCUUUGAUUAAGGUCUUGUAGUUAUUACAGCACAGCAGAAUAGAUUUUGAAUUAGUAGUGAGGUUUUGGAGUUAGUUUGUCAAUCUCUCUGCUAAGUUUAAAUCCUAACUGGAUUUACUUUUUAUUCUUUAACACGAAGUUGUUUUAGUUCA